GUUUCACGUUGUCUUGUCUAUGUGGUCCUUGUCUUCCCAGUCACUCUUGGUUGGAUUGUUGUAUGGUCUCCAUGUCAGGAAUCGAAGGGGGGAGGUGACAGAGAAAGGGAACACCACAGACGGUGUGUGUGUGAGAGAGCUCAUUCACUUCAACCACAGCUGACAGAAAACUGCACUGCAGGAUUUUGCUAGAUAUGUCCUCAUUGCAGGCCGGACAGAGAGCUCUCUCCCUUUCUGCUAAUGUGAUAAUGGCCUCUACCACUUUUCUAAAAGACACACGUAUGAGCUCCAUUGGUACCUUGCGCCUCCUCCUUUUAGGAAUUCUUCUCCCAUCAGUAUUAGUGUCAGGCCAAACUGUUAACUCUACUUCUUCCAUAAGCUCCAAUUUCUCCACUGCUGCCAUCAACACCACUACUCAGUCCUCCAUUAUGACCUCUUCAGCCACAGCAAUCACCAACUCCCAGCUCUCCACAGCCCCUACCUCUGGUAGCACAGCAGCCAGCACCUCUGCCCAGGUUUCAAACUCUGUCACCCCUGGAACUACAAACUCAGCCACCAUCCAGUCUUCUUCGAUGACCGCUGGCAGCACAUCAUCCACCACAGGCUCAAUAACCAAUAGCAUCACAAACCCCACAACCACAGCAGGCUCUACCACACAGCCAACUGCCCCCUCUGGAAGCGCAACAAUGACAACGACCCAGUCUACCUCUGGAGGUGGCAUCUCUGGUAUGAAUGGAACCACUACAUCAAGUUCUUCAAUGAGCAUGUUAUACUGCCCCUCGUUCGGCUGUAACUACUCGGACUGCUACACACUGUACACCACUCGGAAUGCCACUUCAUGUGGUGCUGGCGCCUACUGUCAGCUGAUAAGACAGAUGGACAUGUGGUACACUGUUGGCUGCAGCGCCUCCUGUGCAGAUAGCUGCGUCAACGCCUCUCAUACUGGUUGCUCUAUGAUUUGCUGCAAUUAUACUGACUGUAUCAAUGGCAGUUUUGCAUCAAUGAUGAUGACAACAAGCACAGUAACUACAUCAACAACAAGAACAACAACCACACCAGCCACUACAACAACUACCAUGAGUCCACAAACCACACCCGAUAAUGGGAAAAAAUGCCAUCAAGGUACAUGUACUGGCGCAACUUGCUACACAAAUUUUGGAACGGCACCACUGCAAACCUGCUCCUCCUCACAGCCACAUUGUCAGUUGAAAAAGGAGACCGUGGAUUCCAAUUUGCAGUGGACGGCAGGUUGCACCACCAACUGUUCCGGUGAAACCGCAUGCAAGGCCUCUACACAACCACCAUGUCAUCUAGAGUGCUGCAACGCCACUAUGACCUCCUCAUGCCUAUGGCUGAAUGGCACAAUGAAUGUCCCCUCGUUUGCCACAAGAGGUCCUCAUCUUAACACAGAAGUGAUCGCCUCCUUACUGUGUCUGCUGGCCAUCAGCUUGCUGCUGUGAGUGACCGAGCGUCGGCGUGCUCAGCUGCUGUGUGGGUCAUUGCAUAACCAGAGCUUUAUGUAAGUUUCAGUCCCUCAAGGAAAAAAAGCUUAGCAGUGCAGAACACAAAGUUAAACCCAUUUAUCUCAUUGAUGUUCCUAUUCUGACUGUACUGUAUAUAUGUAUGGAAUUAUGUAAAGCCUAAGUUGCAACCUUGGUUUUCUCUCUGUUCUAUCAAAACUUCCCAUGUUUUAUGUCUGUUUCAAGACCAGUAAAAAAAUGGCUUUGAACAGUAUUUGUAAAUGACGAUAAACUAAACAUGGCAGAAGCAACUCGGUCUUCACAUUACUUACACAUUUAGGAGCAAAUCACCUUUGUAGUUACUAAACUUAGAUAGUAAAAUGAACUUUUUUUUUUCCCUCAGUAAAGCUUUAAGAAAUGAAUUUAAAUUCCUAAACACCUUGUAAUUUGUUUAGCCAUGUUCAUGUUAGUUCUUCUAGUACUUCUUCAAGAAAGCUGAAAACAGUUUGUGUCUUACUUCUGUUAAACUGAUUAUAGGCAAAGUUUAAUGUUGGAAUGGGUGAGUGAGCCUCAACAUAACAUUUCCGUUGUCAUGUGUUCUAUUACCAAAAAUUCUCAUAUUAUCGACUCUUCAAGCCAUUGUGAGAGUGACACAGCUAUGACUUUAUAUGCACUUUAUGAUACAAAAUGUUGAGCUGUUACAAGGAGGUUUGCUGUUGCAUUACUUUACAUGUACUCAUGCUGAAAUGUGCAGCUUUGUACUUUUGGCUACUGAUAUUUUAGUGAAUUAUGAACUGGAUGUCUAUACUGUGUGGUUUACAAAGUAUAUUUUAAGGUAUAAUGGUGUCAUGAAUGUUAAAUGUAAAAUGAAAUUGGAAUUGUUUAAAAUAAAAUAUCUGGUAAACUACA